GCUGAGAUGUUUUUUGCAGUGUGCGGAGAGGCACCGCUCUGCCGGCCGGGCUUGAACAUCUGAAUGCGCCCUCCCCUUUUUUCCUUUUCUUUUUUGACACACGUCGUGGAUCUGCUCUAAUAGCCUAUCGCAGUUUGAGACACUCACUUAACAGUCACACACACACACACAUACGGCUGAACCAAAAAAAGCACACUCCUCAACUCCGCCGGUGGGGGGGACAGAGAUACCAGAUGAGAUUUGUUUCCAAACGCGCACCGAUGGCGGCGUGUGAGGCGUUUGCCUGAGAAGUACGCACGGCGCUGUGGAUUUGUGAUCCCCUCUUUUGUUGUGCACCUUCUUCCUGUCUGGAUCCCGGUCGAGGGCAAAUGAACAAAGCUAUGGAUUACCCAGUCUGCCUACUUUUACUGCUAUCAACCAUUUCGUCUGUGUCGGUCGGACAAUUCCCCACAGCGCAGAUAAUAAAGGAAUGGGUGGACCAGAUGCAAAAAGAGUUGAUCACAUUAAUAGACACAACCAGUGGUAUGCAGAACCUAAAACAGAUAUAUCUUAAACACAGUCCUCACUUCACUUUGGAGACCAACAAUGCGAGGGAACUGGUGGCGACGGCUGCUGGGAAUAUAGAGAGACUGCUGGCUAACCGCUCCGAAGCCCUGAAGAGGCUGGCAGCAGAAGCAGAAAAGUUUCAAGUGGAGCACGAGUGGCGGGACGACAGCGACGCUGACAAAAUAGUUUACUACAAUGCCAAAGAGGACCUUAAUCAGACUGAAGAAGCAAAGAGAAAGAAGAACCGAUAUAUUCCAGAUGAUUUCGAUAUAGACCCUGACUUCAAACGACUCGUCUCAUACAACACCACCGCCGUCCACAUCCCUACGGAUAUAUAUGAAGGCUCUACCAUCAUUUUGAAUGAGCUAAAUUGGACAGAGGCCUUGGAGGAUGUUUUCCGGAAAAACAAAGAGGAAGAUCCAUCUCUCCUCUGGCAGGUGUUUGGCUCUGCCACUGGAUUAGCUCGGUACUACCCAGCAUCCCCUUGGAUGAACGCAAGCAAUUCAGCGAAUAAGAUCGACCUCUACGAUGUGCGCAGGCGACCGUGGUACAUUCAGGGGGCGGCGUCACCCAAGGACAUGCUGAUUCUGGUGGAUGCGAGCGGCAGCGUUUCGGGCCUCACCCUUAGACUCAUUCGGGGAUCCGUCAACAACAUGCUGGAGACCCUCUCCGAUGAUGACUACGUGAACGUUAUCUCUUUCCAUGACAAGGCCAAUUACACAUCGUGCUUUAAGAACUUGGUGCAGGCCAACGUCCGCAACAAGAGGAAGCUGAAACAAGCUGUGCAAGAAAUCAGUGCCAAAGGUACCACCAACUACAGAGCCGGCUUCGAGCUGGCCUUCCAGCAGCUCGCACAGUUGAAUGUGUCGAGGGCCAACUGUAACAAGAUUAUCAUGCUCUUCACUGAUGGAGGAGAAGAGAAAGCAGAGGAGAUCUUUAAAAAAUACAACCCGAAUCAAGCGGUGCGCAUCUUUACGUUUUCAGUAGGUCAACACAACUACGACAAAGGGCCGAUACAGUGGAUGGCCUGUACUAAUAAAGGGUACUACUAUGAGAUCCCAUCUAUUGGUGCCAUCAGGAUCAACACUCAGGAGUACCUGGAUGUUUUGGGCAGGCCUAUGGUUAAGGAUCACAAAAAGGCCAAGCAGGUUCAGUGGACCAACGUCUACGUGGAUGCCCUGGAGCUUGGCCUGGUCAUCACUGGAACCCUUCCUGUUUUCAACAAAACGAACACAGGCACAAAGAAAUCUCCGAAAUUUCAAAACCAGCUCAUCUUGGGGGUUAUGGCUAUCGAUGUCUCCCUGGAAGACAUCAAGAGACUGACGCCGCGAUUUACUUUUGGACCAAAUGGAUACUACUUUGCAAUUGACCCCAAUGGUUAUGUGCUGCUCCACCCUAAUCUCCAGCCAAUGACUGCCAGGUUUCAAGAACCUGUAACGCUGGACUUCCUGGACGCAGAGCUGGAGAACGAGAUCAAAGUGGAGAUAAGAAGAAAAAUGAUCGACGGCCUAACAGGGAAUUACACGAUAUCUACGCUGGUGAAAUCCCAGGAUGAGCGCUACAUUGACUUAGGUCUGAGGACGUACACUUUUGCACCAGUGAAGGGGACAGAUUACAGCCUGGCCCUGGUCCUCCCUGACUACAGUUUGCAUUACCUCCGGGCCAACAUCGGCGACACAAUCACCCAGGCAAAAUCGUUUGUGGGGAAAAAUGUUUCAGAAAGCCUGCUGGCAGAUAAGUUCGAUGAAUAUGGCUAUACAUUUAUUGCGCCGAGGAUGUACUGUAAGGACUUAAAGCCUGACAAGAACAAAAAUAACACAGAGUUCCUCAUGGAGUUCAACGAUUACAUUGACACAAAGACCCCAAAUCACCCCCUGUGUAACGUGCAGUUGGUGAAUCGAUUGCUCCUGGAUGCUGGUAUCACCUCAGAACUGAUCAAAUAUUGGAAAAAAAAUGAAUUGUCGCAUGGUGUCAUGGCUAGAUUUGUUGCCACCGAUGGAGGGAUCACACGGGUCUACCCCAAAAGUGCCGGGCUGUCCUGGAAAGAAGCAGCAGAAACGUAUGAGUCAAGUUUCUAUAAGCGGAGUUUGGACAAUGAUCUGUACAUCUUCACGCCAUCUCCCUACUCCAGAGAGAACUCAAGUGAGGAGUCAGUCCUAGUCAGCAGAGCGGUAAACAUCAACAUUAAUGAUAUCACACUCAAACCAGCUGUGGUUGGCGUGAAGUUGGACAUCGCUGACUGGAUGGCGAGCUUCAUUAACACCACACAGAGGUUGAAUUGCAAUGAUGAGAUCUGUGGCUGUCAGCGAAACCACCCGUAUGUCGACUGCGUCCUUCUUGACGAUGGAGGCUUCCUGGUGAUGUCUAAUCAAGAUGAUGAUAUUGAUGAGGUGGGGCGUUUCUUUGGUGCCAUUGACCCGAUCCUCAUGAGAAACUUGGUCAACUCGUCCCUUUUCACGUUUAAGAAGACCUUCGACUACCAGUCGCUCUGCGAACCCAAGAAAGAGAGCAAAGCGGCUGCAGGCCUGCGAUCCGUCUAUGUGCCCACAAUUGCAGAUAUUUUGAAUUUAGGAUGGUGGGCCACAGCUGCAGCCUGGUCAAUAUUGCAACAGUUACUGGUCAGCAUCACAUUCCCCAAUUUCCUGGACGCAGCCGAGAUGGACGAUGAAACAUCGGAUGCCAUGCGUAAAGAUGUCUGCAUCACAGAGCAAACCCAGUACUACUUUGAGGGUGAUCAGCUGUCUUUCAGAGGCAAUAUCGACUGUGAGAACUGCACCAGGAUGUACCAUGCCGAAAAACUGCCCAAGACGAACCUGGUCUUUAUCAUUGCUGAUGCAAAACACACCUGCUUGUCCUGUAACUCCACGCCGUUAAUACAGGAUGAACAGCAGUCCGAUGGUCCUGAUCCCUGCCUUGUGUCUCAGAAUCCUCGGUACAGGAAAGGACCUGCUGUCUGUUUCGAUAGCACUGAAAAUGAGGAGGACCCUGACUGUGGCGGGGCAUCCAGCCUGAGCCCCUCAUUUGGGUUAAUGGUGGCCCUUCAGCUGGUGCUCCUCUGGGUUUUGACCGGCUCCAGACAUCAUGCCAUCUCGUCAUGACCUCUGAACAUCCUGAUCACACCCUCUCUCUCUCUCUCUGUCUCUCUCUAUCUCUACCCCUCCAUUAUCUCUAAAAUGGCAACCAGCAUGCAACGCUGCCACUGAAAUGACGAACGCCAAUGAGAGGCGUCUAUAACAAACAAACAAACAAAAACCUGUGAGCCCCACAUCCGGCCAGUUUCUUCUUUUGAUAUGUUCAUUUUCAGGACUUUCUUAAAGAGAUUUCACCAGGUACAAGCGACAAAAGAAGUGUAUGCUGGAAAAAGUCAGUUUGAAAGAUGAGAAAGAACUUGACCUGUGCUUAUUGUUCACCUCGUCUGUGGUCAGCGCCAGCUGAGAUUAGCGGAAUCCAGAGAUUCAUUUUGAUUGGCAACUUCUGAACUUAUAUCUGGCUUGAUGUCAUUGAUGAAAGAGAUUGAACUGCCUUAUAGUAUCAGAGGGAUUUAAGUCAAAAUGGGGGGACGUUGUGUUUAUUUUGAAUUUAUUUGAAGUGGCUAGUCAUUAGAUAUUUAUUGUUUUGUGGUUGAGAAUUCAGCUAAGAUUGCAGUAACAUAUGCCAUAAUGUUACAAUACAAGCUCGUGCCCUUCACUUACCUCCGUUGGGUUGCUGAUAAUAAUGUUGUCGCAGUCUGAUUUUUAGAUAACACUUUGCCAGAACAUUUUCACAGUAUCUCUGAAGGGUUCACAAGAUGCAUCGUCUUUACUUUGGCCUCGGUGUUCUUUCAUGUAGAUGCUGUCUGCGCAGUGUGGAAAUCAUGUUCACUGUCAUGUUUAUGCAGCGAAACCAACCCUUCAACUGCCACAGAGCGCCUGCUUCUGAGUGCACGGAUUUUAACUUUGUAGCUGAUCAUCUAACCUGAUCAUGACCUUGGUGUUGGGUUGCUCCAAUGAAAACUUUGUUGCCAUAGUGCGUACUAACCAGUCUGGGUGAGCCUGGCUGGUGUCCUAUGCAUGCUCAUUGGACAAAAUCUCUAGUGCCAUGUGGACUGUGUGACUCAGACGAACCCUUUAGCUUUUUAGACUGUGGCUAGUGCUAAUGCUACUGUUUGUUUUAUUGCCACCGCUAAAGAAAAUGAAUGAGGCGGGUAUGAGAAUUUUUAUUUGACGUUUUGGUCAGCAAAACAGGAAAACAGUACAUUUUAUUCACUGUUAUCACUUUGUAAAUGAAAUGACUACUAUCUGCAGUGCAGUUUAAAGUGCAGCUGUUAUUUGUCUGUACAGUUUGAUCUCCUGACUGAAGAACAACCUCUAUCUCGAUGUAGUAGUGAGGUUCCCUCUUGCAUUUUAUUAUACUGUGGUAUGAUAUCAGCCAGCAGAGGUGACUGCAGUCAGUUCACGAUAGUGAUCCUAUCUACUGCUGUAUUUCAUUUUCUCUGAUGUCAGUUCAUCUUGUUUCAUUGUGUGUGCCUUCUUUUUCAUUAGUUACACAUACAAUCUUACUUAAGUGUGAAAAAUUUACAGGUGAUUUUCUGUAGAUGGUUUUAUUAAAAUAGUGUCAUCUUGUUUGCCAGAGUGCAGAACAGCUAAUUAGUCAAUUUCGUUGAGAAAUCCACUAAUCAUGCGAACCACUGCUGCAGAGCAGAACAAAUCUGUUAUCAUAAUAAAUGCUAACUAAUUGCACUGGACCAGAUCCGAAGCCACUAAGUGUCAGUGCAGCACUAAAUCGUAUCAGCAUGAUUAUUUGAGUGAAUCACAUAAUCAUUUUCAGGACGAAAACAUAAAUCAAUCCUCAAGAUGUGUAGAAUAGGACAUACUGUGUUUUUGUGGAUAAUUUACGUAUUUACACAAUCUUGAGGAUUAAAAGACAUAAAUACUAUUAUGCAGGAAAUAAUACGUCAGACAGAAAACUUGUGUGAUUGCUGUAGAAAAAUAAAGAAGAAAAAAAAACAAGCUUUAAAUCCUUCAUAUUAAAAUGUCAUUUUUAUUCAGACCAGCUGCUGUCAUUGAGUAAUCCCAAAUGUUGAUCAUUAUUUCGAUCUCUGUUGAUCCCAGGCAAGAAUCAACAAUCACAGAUUAAAAUGAAUCAACUGUAGGUUAUGUGUGAUUCCUCAUUAGUUUACUUAGAAGACAGAAAACUGCCAGAACAGUUACCAUUAGGUUGCAGCCGUAUAGUGAUACAAUCCAUGGUUUGACUGCAUAAUAUUAACCCUAAAUCAACAAAUUUCUUUCUAUCUCACUGUUAAACAUUUUCAUUUUCAACUGUGUUUCGGCUCAUAACAUCAACAAAUGAAGUAAUUUUGGGGUUUUGGGUACACUAUGUACACCACUUAAACAAAACCAGGUAGUGUAUCUUUUUAUAAGAGUCUAUAAACACUGACACAUGUUUGCAGGAAACUACUUUACUCUGUGGGGAGGUUGAAAACCGCAUAAACUAAGCUGUGUGCACCACAAUACCAGUGACGUUUCCCUCUCACACUCAAUUGUUUUAGUUAAAUAAUAGCUGUUACAUAAUCUCCAAUAAUGUCAGUUUUUGAAAAUAUAGGCAUUCCUCCAAGUCGGAUCAGGGAGUGCUUGUUUGUCCGUCUCAUUUCUCUCCAAAGCGCCACUACCGCCAUCAUCAAAGUCAUAAUUUCCUCUGAGGUGCACUUUUUUUCUCUCAAUGUUUUCUCUCUAUCUUAAAAUAUAACCUUCCAACUAAAACAGUGUGGUGAGACUAACAAUGGUAUUUAUGCUCCUCAUUUACUAACACUCAAGAAUAUCAAGUGCCAUAUAGGACUCUCUUAUUCUCUUGUAGAGAAGCCUAUUAUCGUAAUACAACAUUUAUGCAAUUUACCAAGGCAAAAUGUAAGUCUCUUCAAUUGUUUCCCCGUGCUGCAUGGUAGUGGCUGACAAUUUGAUUUAAAAAAAAACAAAAACAAAAAAAAAAACCUAUGUGGUGUGCUCCUGCUUUAGUGUGUAAUGUUGGGAAGCAUAAUAAUUCUGAGUGUCAGGCAUUUGUUCAUGAUAAGAUAAGGUAUGAUCAGCUAUUACUGCCUUUCUCUUGGGGGGACAGCAUUUGGCUCCACACUGGUCUGAGUCAGCUGGGGAAAAGGAACCUGAUUGGCCAGCAUGAUGUUUGGACGUACUAUUAAGUCUGUCAGAUUGGUUCACAGUUAUUUAAGGGCCAUGCCAGCGGUUUAACAAGACCAGUUUCUGCAAAUCACGAGCACUGGGCAGUACUGCUGAUUAUUUUUGCAAACCAUGUUGCAAUGUUUCACACUGAAAUAUCUCAGCAACCACUGGAUGGAUUGUUGUGAAAAUGUGUGUAGACAUUCAUGGUUCCCAGAUAAACUAAAACUUAACGGUGGGCCACAGGCAAAGAGCAAGCACCUGUUUUAUUGCAUUGUUAAAAUGCAAAACGCUGCUAGGAUUCCAAGUCUGCCUGUUGGGAUCUUAUGUAUUUAAAAUGUAUUUUUGAAUACACAGCGUACAUUAUUUUACGUUAUAGUCUUUCUUAACUGAUUUUUUAAUUCAUUUUCCCUAGAAACAUCUGGCACUCAAAGCUCCACUGUGCCUGAGCACAGCCUCACAAAGGCUGAAACAUGACUGUGGAUCCAAGUCUUGCUUGAGUCCUUUUCUUCCCAGGCAGUCAAUUGUCAGUUGUUCAAUUGUGUCCAAUAUGCAAUCAAACCAAUGGAGACCAGUGGCUGCCUACUUUGAAAUACUGGAAAUGGGUAGCAGUAAUCGGCUAUGAAUUAAUUGUUGUGAAAAUUAAACUUGCAGAAACACUGAUGUGGUCCUUUAUGUCACUUCGGACAGAUACGUACAGUUGUACAUUGGGCUGACAUGAAAUGACUGAAUUGAAUUUCACCCCACAUUAAAUUUUCCAACUGGAUCCUUAUAGAAAUGUACAGAAAACAUCAGAGAAUGACCAUAAGCUCCAUACUCGUCCAGAUUUUCUACUCUUAAGUGCUAAAAUCAGAUGCUGUCACCUCAGGAAUAAUCUCUCAAUGUGAUAUGAAGUGUUUUUGAAUCUGUGGAUGCUCUCUGUACGGACUGUGUGGGUUGACCUUUUUAUUUCUGGAAUCUUGAGGAUUGCUUACUGUGUGUUUUUUUGUGUCUGUUACCUUUGCUGCCACUCUUUGGCAGAUGAUUGGUAGGCCUGUCAGUCAAUCUUUCUCUGCCUUUGGUUUUAAGGCAGGCUCAUGAUGGAAGCGUCCACCAGGUCACCUCUCGCCAAACUCAGCUUUGGGAAGGUCUUGGUGGGCCUCUCUGUCAGUCUCCCUUGAUUGUGCUUUAAUAUGUUACACUUUAGUGGAAACUGAUUCUCCAGAAUCAGUCAUGUAAAAAUUUGUACAAAGCUGAUGUUGUUCUAAACAAAAAGAAAGAAGAACAAUGUUUAUAAUCCUGGGGAGGAAAAAUGUGUUUAUUCAUGUGCAAAUAAGGUAUAUUCAGAAUAAAAGUUUAUGAUUA